CUACUACUGAUAUUGGUGUGGGCUGCUGUGGUGUCAUGGCCGCCUUGUAUACACACAGAAAGCUGCCAUCUUGUGAAUGGCAAAGUAACAGUUGGGUGCUACCACUACUGGUCAACUCAGAGCGGUUGAGCUUCUUAUGAGAGACUCAGUGCUUUUUGAUGCUCUUGCGAUUUUAGUGAUUUUAGUGCGAUUUUAGAGAGAUUUUGCCUUUCAGAGAGAUUUCUUGUGCUUUCUUUGAAUACCCCUUGCUGCGUAGAGGAAAGUGCUUUUAAGCAUAUUCUCUACUGCAAGCAUGGUGUCUGUAUCCAAGAAAAGACGAAGAGAAGAAGAGAAGACUACAGAUGAAGAAAUGAUGACGAAGAAGAUCAAACUUGAGGAUAACAUCAGUAUUGCUGCCAAUGACCAUCAUGUGAAUAUAGAAAGCAGCAGAAAGAGAUCAAGGAGCAGUGAUGACAGUACCACUGUAGAAGAAGGAAACAGCCAGAAGCGACGGCGUAUUGAAGCUGAACGUUUGCCGGAACACAUGCUAACCAACUAUAAGUUCCACUGGGGUCUCGGCCGAGGCUCAUUUGGCAAAGUGUUUUUGGCUUCUAUACAAAUGAAAAAAGAACGUGUGGCUGUAAAAGUUAUCAGGAAGACACCCAAGGAAGAUCAGAAGGAUAUGAUCCAGAAGGAGGCCAGAAUCCUGAAGGUUACUUCCGGCAGUCCAUUCUUGUGCCAUGGCUAUGCAGCCUUCCAAACCAACCAAUACGCCUUCCUCGUCAUGGAGUAUGCAGGGGGAGGCAGCCUCAGUAAUCUUCUGUCCAUCAAACAUCAUCUGAAAAAAAGACACAUCAUCUUUUACUCAGCAGAACUGAUUUGUGGACUUCAGUAUCUCCAUUCUCUAGGCAUCAUCCAUCGUGACCUAAAGCCUGGAAACAUCCUGCUUACCUGUGAAGGACACAUGAAGAUUGCUGAUUUUGGAGUUGCAGCUGAAGGAGUUUUUGAUGACAAUACCAUCGCUGAAAAAACAGGAACAAGCUGGUACAUGGCCCCAGAGAUGCUAGCUAAUAAGAAGUACAAUGCAGCAAUAGACUGGUGGUCAUUUGGGAUAAUACUCAGCGAAAUGGCCACUGGAAGAUCCCCUUUUGAGGACGACAGCUGCAAACAUGAUGUGAAAAGUUCCAUCCUCACUGAGAAGCCGGUGUUUCCUGAAUGGAUGAGUGCAACAUUGCAAGAUCUCCUUCAGAAGCUUCUCAAAAAAAGACCACACAAACGUCUUGGAGUGAAUGGAAAUAUAAGGGAACAUCCACUUUAUAAGAAUAUCAAUUGGGAGGAUGUUGAACAUCAAAGGAUUCCACCACCAAUCCGACUGGAAGAUAAUCACCCUGAAUCUACAGCUGCCAACCUGCCAUUCCUCAAAUGCAACAACACUAAAGAUUCAGAUGACACCAUCCUCAAAUGCUUUACAUAUCUGAAUCCCAGCUGGUAGGAGUGAGUAAGUCUGUGAUGUCUUGGCUUAGCUAUUAACAUCCUACGCCAACUUUGUAUCUACUCAUUCCUAUACCUGCUGACUUGGCACCUGUAAGUCAUCCAUUGGUAUAACUAGCUGCACAUACAGCUCACUUUCUGAUGAGGGGUCAUGUCCUUGGUAAGCCUAUGGGAUCUGGGGCAAUUUUAAGUGGUUUGCAUAAGAAUCCUAAGACAUCAUCUGAAUAGGAUGGAUCAAGUUCCUGCCCCUCUUUCCCCUAACCUGAUCACAAAUGAGGAGGUAGGGAAAGGGAGUCAAAACCCAUCACAGUUAGGAAUUAAGACAACCUCUAUGCAAGCCUUUAUUUUAAAAUUACCCCUUAUACCAUUGGCCAUAGGGUAGGGUUUGGGUGGGCCAAGGACAUGGCCACUCAUUCAGAUUUGGGUUUGAGAGACAAUGUACAAAGUUUUAAAAUGUAACAAAUGCAACACCAAUAGUAAUAAUCUGUUGUCCAAGGAGUUAAAGAUCCUUAAUCUUAAUCAAAGGUUUAUCUAUAUUUCCAAGUUUCUUAUGUGCAGGUGGUAGUAUGUUCAGCCUAGUAAAUGCUGGGUCAAAUGCAGCAAGCAGGGCCAGGUGGUGAAAGUUAUGGUACAGCAAGUUGAAGCUGGUAUUAUUAUGGUAAGCAUUUGCCACACUUCAGUGUUGUAGCCAUGCAAAUUCUGUAGAGGUUCUGGACAAAACAGGCUCAAAAACCGC